UUUUCUUUUUUUCAAAAGAUUGGCGAUGCGUGGUUUUCUGUGACAGCCUGUAGGCGCAUUACUAUGGGGACCAUACUCACACUGCAACCAAAUAAUGGCCUACAUUUAUUUUCAAAGACACGAGUUAUCGACGACAGCGAUUUUAGGAAGGAAUGAUCGAAUAAUGCUUUUUUAAACACAAAAAGAUGACAAAUAUAUCAGUUGGAUUUGUGAAUAGUAGAAACCACAUUGAAAAGAGUUGAGUAACUGAAAACAGUCUGGUUGAUCCAAGCCACAUAAUGGAUAUAGAACAUAAGAUACAAACCCCAAAGCAUGGUACAGAAUUUCUUGCAAAUUCUCAUUUCAAAAUUGGCCAUGAACCCAAGUGGCUUGCAAGCAGAAAUGCUGCUGCUUAUAAGAGCACAUUCAAAGCUGAUUAUCCUCCCCAGCCAUUGCACGAAAAGGAGAAAACAAAGCAACUGCCCCCUGCUGAAAUAAUGCACAGUGACCCUAGAGUAAGAGAUCAUCAUCUAUCUGUGACAAGAGAUCAUUAUGGCCCAAAACAGCUCUCAAAAACAAGCUAUCAGAAUAUGCCUUAUGCUUUGUCAACAACCAACUUUAAAAUGGAUGCAGAUGAAAAGAUAAAAUCAUUUAAAACAACCCAUGAUGAUUAUUAUUAUGAAAAGUCUCUCAAAGAUGCAAGAAAUGUUUCAUCAAUAAAGGACUGGACUAAAAGCCACAUACCACAAGGUGAUAAAGAAAAAGUUGGAUGGAGAGAGUCUUGUUACAAAGCAAACUUUAUUCCAUUUGGUACUAAACUUGAACCAAUCAAACAUAAAGCAGCAAAUGAUGGACCCCCAACUAUAAAGGGAGAUGUGAGAAUUCAUAAUGAUUUAUUGUAUGGUACAACUACAAAGGAAUAUUUUCCAGCAAAAUAUGGAAAGCAGAUUAGAGUUGAUGAAUCAAUAAGGUAUCCUGCUACACAUAUCCCUCAAGGAGACAGGGCAAAAUGUACCUACCCUUUAUCGACACAACAAGAGGACUUCACUGAACAGAAAAUAGAACAAAGGAACUCAUCAGAAAGAAGCCAGGCAUUGAAGAAAUUGCAAUCAACAAGUUUCAAGAUGGGUGACAAACGACUUGAUUCUUUUCAAACCACUAUCCAAAAUUCAUUUCAAGAAUUUGCAGGAGAAGGAAGAACAAGAAAUGCCAAAGUCAAUAUGAGUAAAAGUCAUUUGCCUGAAGGGGAUAAUGACUAUUUCAAGAAUCAGGAAAGAUUUAGCACAACAACAAACUUAAGCCAAUUUAGACCUCCCCCUUCUGAUUUCUGUAACCCCAAAAUUGAUGGAUCACAGUUACGAACAGCAUCAAAUAUUCAUCUUGGAGGAGACAACCAAUUAAACUCCUAUGAAACAACAAUGGAUGAAAAUUUCAAGGAAGUGAAGACCAAGUGCGUGAAAGCACUUGGUAAUGUCCACUCAAGCAGCAUUCCUACAGAUUAUUACAAAAAUCUUGUUUCAUUGCCUACAUACAAGGCUGACUAUACACCAACAGUUGGAGCUUCAAAAGUAGAGUUGAAUCCUGUUGCAUUAAAUAUGCUGAAACGUUCAAAUGUAAAUAUCACAGAUCCAUCUUUCCAAGAGUUUAACACCACACACCGAAUCACCUACACACCAAAGGAAAAAUCAAGAGACAAAUCAAGUGACUCAGGAAAGCUACAAAAAAGUUCUGUGCCUUUGGGGACUCUGUCAAAUUAGCCAAUAUCAUUAAGAACUGUAGUAAAAUGCAGCAGGGGACAAGCAAGAAUCAGAAAAUUUAUACCAAGCAGAAAAAUCACCUUAAUCUGUUGCAAUGUACCUUACAAUUUUGCUAAAAAAGGUACCAAGUUAUCAAAGAAAAAACUGUGUACAACCUUUUAAAAAAUAAUUUUUGUAUAUAUCAAUAAAAAUAUUGUAAACUCUGUGUUUUUCAUUAGGUUUUUAUAAUCAUGUUAAUUUUAUUUGUUUCUCGGUCAGAAAAAUUUGAUUUCAUUGUUGGAAUGCUAAAGUAGAACGCCAAUUUGGCAAUAAAAAGAAAGGUUUUUUCAGUAAGCACUAUUACCUAAAAAGAAUUCAUUAUCUCAUUUCAAUCAAAGGAUGUGU